GUACGAAAAACAACUUCCUUUUCCGUACCUCGCCCGUGGAAUCAGGCUGUGUCCACCAGAGCGGGUCAACACCAAGAAUGCCGUCAAUAUUUUUUGAAGAUCCUGAAGUCGCCGCUGUAAACGGCAUUGACGAAAUGGACACGCCUGCAAAAGUAAAAAAAGUCAAAAAGGACAAGACCAAGGAUGGAAAGAUCAAGAAAAAGAAACAGGUGGCUGAUGAACAACCUGAUGAAUGUGAGCCACCAACUCCCAAAAAGAAAAAGAAAACAUUGACUGAUGUAAACGGCAACACGAAAGUGAAGCCUUCCACUGAAGGGCUUGAUGGAGACACUAUAGAAGACCAAAUCAUUGUGAAAAAGAAAAAAAUCAAAAAAGAUGCAACACCAACAGCCAAUGGAAACCUUGCAGUGACACCUAAGCUCAUAGCAAAAACCAAUGGACAUUCCACAUCCACCACACCAGCACAGUCUAGUGAGGAUUCCUCUAGUGACAGUGAGAAGGAGACGGAAACGCCAGAACAGAAAGAAGGGGCAUUCAAAAACUUCAGGAUAUCCCCAUACACCAUCAAUCUCCUCAAAGCUCGAGGAGUUACAUAUCUGUUUGACAUCCAAGCGAAGACCUUUAACCAGGUGUACGAUGGAAAAGAUGUGAUCGCCCAGGCUAGAACAGGGACGGGAAAAACAUUCUCCUUUGCCAUCCCCCUCGUGGAGAAAAUCCAGGCCGAUGGAGAGGACAAAAAAAGGGGUCGACCCCCAAAGGUUUUGGUUCUGACCCCAACAAGAGAGUUGGCGAUUCAAGUGGCUAGAGACUUCAAAGAUGUCACCAAGAAACUGUCUGUUACAUGCUUUUAUGGAGGAAGUUCAUACAACCCCCAGGUUGAUGCCAUUAGAAAUGGUAUUGAUGUGCUGGUGGGAACGCCUGGAAGAAUCAAAGACCAUCUUGACAACAACAAACUGGACUUGUCUCAGCUGAAGCACGUGGUCCUGGAUGAAGUGGACCAAAUGCUUGACAUGGGUUUUGCAGAUUCUGUGGAGGAGAUCCUGUCCACCUCUUAUGAAAAAGACUCGCCAAGCAACCCUCAGACACUUCUCUUCUCUGCCACUUGCCCGCAAUGGGUGUACGCUGUUGCCAAAAAGUACAUGCGAGCUCAGUGUACACAUGUUGACCUGAUCGGCAAGAAAACCCAGAAAGCUGCCACCACUGUUGAACACCUGGCCAUAGCCUGCCACUGGUCUCAGAGAGCAGCGGUCAUCGGAGACGUGGUGCAGGUAUACAGCGGAAGCCACGGCCGCUCCAUCAUCUUCUGUGAGACCAAGAAAGAGGUCAAUGAGCUGGCCUCGCACAGCGCCAUCAAACAGAGCUGCCAGUGUCUCCACGGAGACAUAGUUCAGAAGCAGAGGGAAACCACACUAAAAGGCUUCAGAAACGGCACCUUUGAGGUCUUGGUAGCCACCAAUGUCGCUGCGCGAGGACUGGACAUCCCAGAGAUUGACCUGGUAGUGCAGUGCUCUCCUCCCAAGGACGUGGAAUCCUACAUUCAUCGCUCUGGCCGCACAGGUAGAGCGGGCAGGACGGGCGUGUGUAUCUGUUUCUACCAGCGCAAAGAGGAAGACAUGCUCCGCAACGUCGAGCAGAAAGCGGGCAUCACCUUCAAGCGCGUCGGCGUGCCCACAGCCAAUGACAUCGUCAAAUCGUCCAGUAAAGAUGCCGUCAAAUUCCUGGACUCUGUUCCUCCAGCUGCUGUGGGGUAUUUCCGGGAGGCAGCGGAGAGGCUGAUUGAGGAGAAGGGGGCAGUGGAGGCCUUGGCGGCUGCCCUUGCUCACAUCUCUGGGGCUACCAGCCUGGAGCAGAGGUCCCUCCUCAACUCUGAUGCGGGCUACACAACGAUGCUUAUGACCUGCUCUAUUGAGAUGCACAGCAUCAGCUACGGCUGGCGCUGCCUGAAGGAACAGCUGGGGGAGGAUAUCGACGAUAAGAUCCAGCGCAUGACUUUCCUUAAAGGAAAGAAGGGUGUCUGUUUUGACGUUCCGUCCAACUUGGUGAAAAGCUAUCAGGAGGCCUGGACAGACGGUCGUCGGUGUCAGUUGACCAUUGCCACUGAGCUGCCCGACGUAGAGGAAAACAUGCGUAACCGUGGUGGUGACCGCGGUGGCGGCUUUGGUGGCCGUUCCUUUGGUGGUAGGGGCGGAGGCGGCAGCCGUGGAUUUGGCAACAACAGAUGGGGGGGAGGAGGAGGAAGAGGAGGAGGAGGAAGAGGAAGAGGAGGUUUCGGACAGAAACGCAGCUUCAGCAAGGCCUUUGAGUAACCAAGGGCUUUCACACACAUUUGGACUUGAGGUGACUGUUGUCAGCCCUCAGGCUGGCUUUUUUUGGAUGUUUUUUGGGGGAGAGCUACUCCAUACCGGAAAGUUUUACCCUGAAAUGUUCAUGCUAUGAGCUGAUUGCUUUGCAAUUUGGUAUUUAAAUGUCACGAUUUAAUGAGCCCAUUCACUUGAAUGCGAUGAAUUCAUUAAACAUGGUCUUAUAAGAAA